AUGCCCAUCUCUGCAGACCCAGCGGAACUGAGCGGUGGGGAGACCGAGGAGCUGCAGCGGAUCAAGUGGCACCGGAAGAAGCUUCUGGAGGACAUCCAGAAGCUGAAGGAGGAAAUCGAAGAUGUGUUCACCCAGAUCGACUGCUUCGAGCUCGCGGAGGAGAGCAGGGCCACACAGGAGAAGCUGCCUGCUGCUGUUGGGAGGUGGGGGGCACUCACAGGCUCUGUGUCCCUCCUCCAGGGCAUCCAGUAUCUCAUUGAGCACAAGCUGCUGUCGUCCAAUGUGCAAGACAUCGCCCAGUUCCUCUACAAGGGGGAGGGCCUCAACAAGACGGCCAUCGGCGUGUACUUGGGAGAGAGGGACCCCAUCAACCUGCAGGUCCUCCAAGCCUUUGUGGGAUGCCACGAGUUUGCCAACCUCAACCUGGUCCAGGCCCUCAGGCAGUUUCUGUGGAGUUUCCGGCUGCCAGGAGAGGCGCAGAAGAUCGAUCGGAUGAUGGAGACCUUUGCCACCCGAUACUGCUCUUGCAACCCGGGCGUCUUCCAGUCCACAGACACUUGCUAUGUCCUGUCCUUCUCCGUCAUCAUGCUCAACACCAGCCUCCACAACCCCAACGUGCGGGACAGGCCACCCUUCGAGCGUUUCGUGUCCAUGAACCGCGGGAUCAACGAUGGCAGCGACCUGCCUCAGGAGUUGCUGUGGAACCUUUUCGACAGCAUCAAGAGCGAGCCCUUCUCCAUCCCGGAGGACGAUGGCAAAGACCUCACCCACACCUUCUUCAACCCUGACCGCGAGGGCUGGCUGCUGAAGCUGGGGGGCCGUGUGAAGACGUGGAAAAGACGCUGGUUCAUCCUGACCGACAGCUGCCUCUACUACUUUGAAUUCACCACUGACAAGGAGCCCCGAGGGAUCAUACCCCUAGAGAACCUCUCCGUGCAGAAGGUGGAUGACCCCAAGAAGCCGUUCUGCCUGGAGCUCUGCCUUCCCGGAUGCCGGGGCCAGAAAAUCAAGGCCUGCAAGACAGAUGGCGACGGCAAGGUGGUGGAGGGGAAACACGAGUCCUCCCGGAUCUCAGCCGCCAGCGCUGAGGAGCGGGACCAGUGGAUCGAGGCCAUCCGGGCCAGCAUCACCCGAGUUCCCUUCUACGACCUCGUCUCUGCUCGGAAAAAGAAGAUUGCCAGCAAGCGCUGAGCUGCCGGGGGAGGUGGCGUGGGGGCCAGCAGCCUGAGCACCCCGAGACCACCUCCCACCCCCAGGGUACCCCUUCCUGGCAUCACCACCCUCCCCUGGACUCCAGAUAACAGUGAGGCAGGAGACAGAGCUCAGGAGGAUGGGUUAGGAGCCCCUGGGGCUCUGAGUCCCAAGAAGGAAGCUCCCUUGCCCGAUGCCCCAAAUUCACUACAGCAGAAGGAAAGGAAGCCAGUUCCAGGGCCCGGGGUCCCGUCCUCUCUCUGGGCCUCAGUUUCCUAAUCUGUGAAAUGGCUGCAUGCACCCUGACGGGCUGCCUGUCCUCCUUGGGGGCCCAGAGGGUCCCCGAGCAUGCUCUGUCCUCUGCGAGGCCACCUCCUUCAGCCGGGGCAGGAGAGCUCUGCCUCCCCUCUCCCUGCCCGAGCAGGGCUCAUCACACACGCAGCCCCGCAUGGCACGGGUCUCCUCAGGCUCUCAGCCACAUGAGCGGUUGGGACCGGAGAUGGCUCAGCCCCUUGAAACUUCAUGGGGGUCCCGAGUGGGAGGUAAGCUGGCCAGCCUCCUGCUCCCAGGAUACCUCCCCUGGCAGGAGGCCAGGACUGCAGUGGGCCUCCCCGCCUGCCCCCAGGCGCUUCCAGGCUGGAGAGCCCAUGACUGUUCACCGACCCGGCCAGGCCCUGGUUGAAGGCUGUCCGGGAGCCGAAGGCAGAAGUGGAGUCAUAUUUGAGAAACUUCAUUUGAAGGAGAUGGGCGGCUGGACCCCUGGAGGAAGCCAUAGACAGCAUCCCAACAGAGGGACACCAGCCGGACUGACGGUUCAACCAAGAGGCUGAGCGGGCAGCACUCUGUGGGCUGAGGCCAUCCGGAGGGCUGCGUGGAGGGGGCAGCCAAGCAGGCAAGAGAUGCUUUGCUUAAAGAGCCAAAGUCUGGGCCACAGUACCCCUAAGGGACCACUUGCCGGGGCCCUGCAGCUGUGCAGACAGCGAGCCUGUCUACAGCAAGCCCUCCUGAGUGGAGCUGACAGCCCGCCUAGGCAGGGCCAGGCUGGAGAAGGAUUCCAGGAACAGGAAGCUCCUCAGAAGCGCUGGCCUCGAGGGAAACCCUGGAGGGAAAUUCUCUGGCAGGGGAACAGCAAGUAGAGUUGUCUCUGCCCCACUGCCAGUCUGUGUGGGUGAGCAGGAGCCAGGUGGCUUCCCCAGGAGGAUCAGCAGCUCCAUGGGCACCCACCCACAGCUACACACACAGAGAGAUGCACACACGCGCACAGACAUGUGCACACAGGUACACGCAUACAUGAACACCUGCACAGCUCUCCAUGGGGUUGAUUGAGACUGCCCAUGGAUGGGAUGACUGCCUUGGGAGGUGGUGAGAUCCCCGUCUGCAGAGGUGUACAAGCAUGUGGUGAUGAUAUUGCAACCCUAGCAAGGGUCUGCGUUGGCAGCUGCAGGAGGAGCCAGCAGAGGCCUUGCGGGAGACCUCUUUCGCUCUUUUUGGCCCCUGAAGGAGCAGCCAGGAAUUGGAGAAGGAGCACCAGGCUGGGAGUCAGAAGGUCAGAGGUCCUCACCUGCCUCUGGCACACAUUGGCUGUGUGACCUUGGCCCACUCUUUCCCCUUUCUGGUCCUUGGCUUCUUCCAUGGAGGCGUGGGUGGACUUGGAGAUGUUCAGGGGAUGAGCAGCUGUUCUAGAAACCAUUCAGAGGCAAGAAUAAAGCUCAUGAUCUGACUCGUGA